GCUCUGUUUACGCAGAAAAGACGUUCGAUUUCUAUUGGAGAUAAAUUGUGCUAGCAAACCACACCUUAGCAACUGGACUUAGCAACUUAAAAUCUUAUUGUGUCUUUAUCAGUUGGACGUUUUUGGAGAAAAAAGCACGGAUAAAGAAUGGCUUCUAGAGGGACAUCAGAAACAAGCAAACUGAGACAAAAUAUGGAAGAACAGCUGGACCGGCUAAUGCAACAGCUUCAGGAUUUAGAGGAGUGCAGAGAAGAACUUGAAGAGGAAGAAUAUGAAGAAACCAAAAAAGAGACACUAGAACAGUUGAGCGAGUUCAACGAGUCAUUAAAGAAGUUGAUGUCUGGGAAUAUGACACUAGUUGAUGAACUGGGGGGAAUGCAGCUGGCGAUCCAAGCUGCCAUCAGUCAGGCAUUCAAGACCCCAGAAGUCAUUCGGCUGUUUGCUAAAAAGCAGCCAGGGCAACUGAGGACGAGACUGGCCGAGAUGGACCGUGACGUGAUGGUUGGAAAGCUCCCUCGAGACGUGUACACUCAGCAGAAAGUGGAGAUCCUCACAGCUCUUAGAAAACUUGGCGAGAAGCUGACCACAGAGGAUGAAGCGUUUCUUGCUGCAAAUGCUAGUGCCACUCUGAGCCACUUUGAGAAGGUGACCGCGAGCCUGGGAUCUGAAGAUAAGAUAAUGGCAUUAGCCAGUUCUGGAGUUGAGAAGACCUCGACAUAAAGGUUCAUUAAGAUUGAGUGUGGCCUAAAUGCUGUCUGUGCAUUUUACAGUAUUUACAGUAAUUUUUUUUUUUAACAAUGGUUCCUAUUUUGUACAUUUAGGAACAGAACUGUGAGAUGAAAUCAUGAGGUCACUCAACCUAAAGAUUCAUCUGACAGUUUUCUUAUUGUAUACAUCCUAUACAUUUUAUGUUCGAUUUGUACAUUUUGAUUUGGGUACAGUGGAGGAAAAAAAGUGUUUACAUUUUCUGUGAAAUGUCUCAAACAUUUAUAAAAGCUAAUUUUAGAAUAGUUCUUAUUUUACGAAUACAGAGGGGUAAAAUUGUCAAAAAAGAAAAAGUCCUGAUUCUUUUCAACUUUCUGGUUGUAAAGUAAUUUAUUAACCUGUUGCCAAUAAGCCUUUUUGGUACUAGUAUUUGAUAGUAAAAUAGAUUACUAUGCAUUUUAAUUUUGUUUGUUAGAACUUUUUUUUAAACCAGUGUGAUAUUUGUAAAUACUUUGUAUUUGAAUAUAUUUGGCGAUCAACAUCUUAAAAGUUGUCAGUGUUUUGUCUUUUCUCUCUUUACAGCUUUUCUUUUGUAAUGCAUUUGGUUAAAAAGAUCAAGAACAGGUUUAAUCUCUGCUAAUCCUAUUACAGACUGGAUUGUGAUCUUUGGAAAAGAUUUCUAAACUUUAUUAAAAAUGCCUAAUUUCACAC